CAGUCAAGAGGUCGAGAUGAGGCUGAGUUCGCAAUGUUUGCGCCGGUUAUUUGCCGGACUAAUCAUCACCAUCGGCUUGUUUAAUCCGUGCUAUGGCAAAGCCUCCGAGUGGAAAAAUUCCGAAUACUUUUUGUUUCCCGUCAAAGCCGACGAUAUUCCCACCGUACAUGUUGGCGAUACGGUCCAUUUAAAGUGGGCUUCGCUCUAUUCACAAGCCUACCUGCAGCAAUACUGUAAUGGCACUGCAGUGAACAAAGUCCCCGGUCUUGCCGGAGACGGAGAACAUACAUUCGUCGUUAAUAGUACUUGGGUCAGUCCUUGCUACUGGCGUUAUUAUACCCAAGAAUCCAUAUACAAAUACGUGGAAAGCGGAUACGUCUACGUUACCUCUUCACAAACCACUCCGGCUGUUACCUGGGAGCCCCAAAGCCUUGGUACCGCUUGUGGGAUUCAGAGCGUCACUGCUGGGCCAUCUGUAAACGCGGCCAGCACUUCGACUAUCACCAUAGGACCAACAUCGGGGGCCGAAGAGACCUCAUCGGACACGGAGUGCACAGGAAAGGAAGCAAAGAAGAUUACAAGUGGUGCAGGGGUGGGGAUUGGCUUCGUUGUGGGAUCAGCUAUCGCUGGACUUACGGCCGGCUUUUGGACUAUCUGGCAGAGGCAGCACCUCAAGAAAUCCACCCCGGAGGUUGAAAAACCACAUGAAGCUGACGGGGUUCCCCAUCAGCCAGCUUGGGAGCUGCCAAGUGAAUCACGUCCCGUGGAGCUUAUGACCAUGAGGAGAUUUGCGGAACUACCAUCCACUCCUAAACCACGGUAGAGCUACCGCGAUACUCAUACUAUAUAAUUAAUUGAGCGGCAAGAUUGUUCCUGCAUGGCU